AACUGAUACUUUGAUAACCUCUUUUCUUGCAUGCUUUUAUCUAACUUAUAAAUAAUUUUGCUGUGUCCUUGUCCCUAUGUGCGAAACGUGCUUCAACAUACAAUAUGUCCACAUACGAAGAAAUAAACGAAAAUCUGACUGCUCAAAUUUGCGAAUUAGAAGCGUUACAGUCUGUUUACCCAAAAGAAUUGGUAAUAACAGAUCAUGGAGUUUUGGCUGAUAUUAAUAACUUCAUUAAGAACCCUAUGCAAGAGUUACCACAAAGACUGGAGUAUUCCAUUGGAAUUUCUAUGAAUGGUGGAACAAUUGAAUUGUUAAUUAGUCUGUCGUCUAAUUAUCCCAAACAAAAGCCAGAAGUUUAUGUAAGAAGUUCAUCUCUGAAUCGAACUCAACAGCUACUUCUAAACCAAGCAUUAAGCAAUGUUGUUGAGCAUCAAGAGGAAGAAGAACCUUGUAUUUACAUGUUAAUAUCAUGGUUGCAAGAUAACAGUGAAGAUUAUCUUGCAGCAACUAUUAUGAAUCAAAGAAAGGAGUCCAACAAUAGCAAACAGAAAGAAAAGCAAGAGAAAUCUAGAGGAUUUGCUAGAUAUUGGAUAUAUAGUCAUCAUAUAUACAGUAAAAUUAAAAGAAGAAAUGUAGCCACUUUGGCAAAGGAAAAUUCUAUCACAGGUUUUUGUUUGGCGGGAAAACCAGGGAUUAUUUGCAUGGAAGGUGCUUACAAUGACUGUGACUACUGUUGGCAAAAAAUUAAGUCUAUGAACUGGCAUAAAAUAUUAGUGAAAUUAUUGGAAAAGGAAGAAGACUGUAAAGAUAUUGAUAUCAUGCGUAAAUUUAAUAAUUUCCAAGAAAUAUCUUUUCCUGUUUCUGAGUGCUCUAAUGAUAUGAGUCAAAUGUUAAAAUAUUUGAUAGAACACAAAUCACAGUAUGCAUUUAAACAAUUGUUUGGCAUAGAAGGUAGACUUCCUGAGUUGCUGGACUGA